AUGGCCAACCUCCGCCGUCUCGCCCUCGCCAUCGCAGCUCUGCUCCCGGCCGUCCUUGCCGCUCCCGCCGCCCUCAACAGGCGCGACGAGCCCGCGGCCGCCCCCGGCAAGUACAUCAUCACCCUUAAGGAGGAUGCCGCCGUCAAUGUCGACUCCCACCUGAACUGGGUCGCCGACGUCCACAGGCGAUCCCUGGGCAAGCGUAACACGGCCGGUGUUGAGAACAAGUUCAACAUCAGCACCUGGAACGCCUACUCUGGCGAGUUCGACGAGGCCACCAUUGAGGCAAUCAAGGCCAGCCCCGAGGUCGCCGUGGUCGAGCCCGACUACUACAUGUACCUCUCUGACUUCGAGGUCGACGAGCGUGCGCUCACCACCCAGACCGGCGCCCCCUGGGGUCUGGGAUCCAUCUCCCACAAGACCAAGGGCUCGACCCAGUACGUCUACGACACUUCGGCCGGUGCCAACACCUACGCCUACGUCGUCGACUCUGGUGUCAUCUCCACCCACACCCAGUUCGGCGGCCGUGUCACCCUCGGCUUCAACGCCUACUCCGGCGUCCACACCGACACCCUCGGCCACGGCACCCACGUCGCCGGAACCAUUGGCGGCUCUACCUACGGUGUUGCCAAGCAGACCAACAUCAUCUCCGUCAAGGUCUUCCAGGGCGCUAGCGGCACCACCUCGUCCAUCCUCUCUGGCUUCAACUGGGCCGUCAACGACAUCACCUCCAAGGGCCGUGCCGCCCGCUCCGUCAUCAACAUGUCCCUCGGCGGCCCUUCGUCCACCACCUGGAACACCGCCAUCAACGCCGCCUACUCCCAGGGCGUCCUCUCCGUCGUGGCCGCCGGUAACGGUGACAGCCUUGGCAACCCCCUGCCCGUCUCCUCGCAGUCACCCGCCAACGUCCCCAACGCCCUGACCGUUGCCGCCAUCGACUCGAACUGGGCCCCUGCCUACUUCACUAACUACGGCCCCGGCGUCGACAUCUUCGCCCCCGGUGUCUCCAUUCUCUCCGCCUGGAUCGGCGGCAACUCGGCCACCAACACCAUCAGCGGCACCUCCAUGGCCACCCCCCACGUCACCGGCCUCGCUCUCUAUCUUCAGGCCCUCGAGAACAUCGCCACCCCGGCCGCCCUCACUGCCCGUAUCAAGGCCCUCGGCACCUCCGGCCGCAUCACCGGCACCCUGAGCGGCAGCCCCAACCUGGUCGCCUAUAAUGGCAACGGCGCGUAA